ACUGGUUUAAUCCGGACUUCAAUACCUCACAAACAUUCAGGACAAAAAAACAUCUAUGACCCCAAUAAAGUUUGUACACAUUUAAAUAAAGGUCCAAGAUCCAAAGAAAACAUGCAAGACUCUGAGCCUGAGCUUUACUUUAAAACAGGACAAUGACCGGGAGCAAAUAUUCAAAGAAAAAUAGAAAUCAUGAAAAACAUCAGGAUUCAGACGUGCAGCUGGAAUUACUGCCAAGAAUAGUUUUACAAAGUAUAUUGACCCUGAGGCAGUGAAAACUUAUGUAACCAACAGAUGUUCUGUCUCAUCUCUCUCUCUCUCUCUCUCUCUCUGUCUCUCUCUCUCUCUUUCUCACUCACUAUCUCCUCCAGCACUCGAAUCCCCUCUCCUGAUCUCUCACUCGACUCUCUCUGUGUGAGAAACCAGACCUUUUGCUAGGAUGAAGAAACUGACGGCUCUGCUGUAUCUCUUCUCCCUCUGCUCUCUUCAGCUGGUGCUUAGUGCUAAAGUCGUUUUUGACCACAAGACUCAAUGCUGUUGUCAGGAACAGCUGGACAGUUCCCUGCCAGGCCCAGAGAGGGCGAACCUUGUGAAGCCUGCUUCUUUGUGUGUCUUUUGUUACGCCCUUCCUAUUGUUCCUAUCCUGAUUGUGUCACCUGGCGGGGGUCCCAGACGUUACAGCUGUCCAGGCACAACUAAAAUGAGGAUCCCAGUAAAAAACAUUGUGAAAUACCACUGGACCAGCAGUGACUGCCCCAUGAAGGCCAUAGUCUUUGACAUGAACACUGGGAAGAAAUUCUGUGUGGAUCCUACUGCUGGCUGGGUCAAGAAUCACAUGAAAGUAGUGGAUCAGAAAAAUGCCACAGUGUCUCUGCAAACCUCUCAGCCAGGUCAAGGGAACCUGUGCCUAUCGCAGGCAUCAUCGGGCAUCAAGGCAUGAUACACCUUGGACGGAGUGCCAACCCAACACAGGGCACACACACGCACUCAUUGACUCACGCAAUCACACACUAUGGGCAAUUUAAAAACUCAAUCAGCCUAGAAGCAUGUGUUUGGAGUGUGGGAGGAAACCGGAGCACCCGGAGGAAACCCACCAAGCACGGGGAGAACAUGCAAACUCCACAUACAUAGUGUGCGGGAGUGAGACUCAAACCCAGGACACUGGAGGUGUGUGGCAGAUGUAGAUCAAUAAAUAAGGCUUUGUCAGUUAUUAUGUUGGAGAAAAUUAUAUGCCUAAAUUUAAAUAGCAAUACUCUGCCUAAAAGUAGUGGUUAUCUAUCAAAUAUCUAUCAAAAAUAUUUAGCUACUGAUUAGUAGUUAGCUUUUGAUUAAUGCAAAUGUAUAACCUUUAUAAUAAUCAUGCAGAACUAGUGCUGAUAAGUGUGAAAUUGAGGGGAUUUUCAGGGCACAGAAUAGGCACCCAGAUGAGACAAACAUACGGUAGACAUAACAGCGUCUUAUCAGCAAAAUCAGCAUUGUAAGGUGUACCUACUUAUUAAGUACACCUUAAUGUGUGUAAUGCAUGAAGGAAUCGUGCCCUUCUAGGUAGAAUUUCCAAAUAAGUCUGAAAUUGCUGGGAACAUUGAGAGAAGGAACAUUGAUGUCAUCAAGGGGAGGAUGACCUCAGUUUAGGGGCGGUAUCGGGACAAAUAAGAAAAUAUAGUAAGUAUGUAAAUUAAGGAAGCCAUAAAGUAUAGUAAAGGAUUAAAGUAGCCAUACAUUGACUAUAAUGUGAAAUUACCAUGGGGUGCCUGAGGUAUAAGUAGAGGGGGAUUUUGGGGGUUUUUUAGACCAGCUGCUCUCUUCAGAAAUGCAUGUGAUUGAUUGCAUGGCUGAAUAAAGAAACCUGCUUCUUCUCAUCUGCUGACAGAUCUCCGUUGUUUCGGCUAAGUUUUUGAUAAUAGAAAAUAAAUAGAAAUAGACACAAUCUAAAAUAUCACCCUGUGAUAUGUCCACUCGGAGAGGACUCCGAGUUCCGACAAUGUGCAUAGAGAAGUAUGUGCAAGUUGUGUUUACAGCACAUAAUGUGUAAAGAAAAAUAGAAGUAUAUAUCUGUGUGUUAUGGUGGCUUAGUGAUUAGCACUGUUGCCUCACAGCAAGAAGGUCCUGGGUUUGAAUUCUGGGUUCGAACAGGCAGGGGCCUUUUUGUGUGGAGUUUGCAUGUUCUUCCUUUGCCUGGAUAGGUUUACUCCAGGUACUUUGGGUUCCUUCAAAAACAUGUACAUUAGGUUGAUUGGUAAUUCUAAAUUGCCCAUAUGAAUGUAUGGUUGUCUGUUUAUAUGUCGCCCUGCGAUGGACUGGUGACCUGUCCAGGGUGUACCCCUGCCUUUUGAUUAGAUUAGAUUAGAUUCAACUUUAUUGUCAUUGCACAUGUGGGUACAAGGCAACGAAAUACAGUUAGCAUCUAACCAGAAGUGCAUUUCGCAGUGCAAAUAAUUAGCAUAUAUAAUAAGUAUAUAACAAUAAAUAAUUUGCAUAUUUAAACAAUAUACAAAAAUAUAUAAAUAAUUUGCAUAUAUAACAGUAUAUAAACAGUAUACAGAGGAAGGUAAAUGCAAUGAGUGCAAAUGAGCAUAAUUAAAUAUAUAAACAGUAUACAGAGGAGUUAUGUACAAUGAGUGCAAUGAUUUAGAUUUGUGCAAUGAGGAAGAUACUGUAUACUAUGAAAAAUAAUUUGUAUAUGUAAACUGUACACAGAAAGGGUUAUAUACAGAAAAAGGUUAUAUACACUGAUGAUAAUGUGCUCAGUCAAUGUGUGCGUGAUCAGGUGGAGGCAGAGUUCAGCAAAGAAACAGCCAUGGGGGAAAAAGCUGUUCCUAAACCCAGCCCAAUGUGUGCUGGGAUAGGCUCCAGCAGAUCCCUGUGACCCUAAUUAGGAAUAUAGCGUGAAUAGAAAAUAUGUGUAUUACUUCGUAACAACAUGAUAAAUCGGGAAGUUACCUGAAUACAGGUGCGAUCGAUCAAGACUGAAUAGGACAACAACCAGAGAUGAUACAGUGACGGAGACAAGACCUGAACCACAAGAAAGCACCAAGGGGCAGAUAAAUAUAACCCAAUAUUAAAGAUGAAAGUCGGCACUUUUAUAUAUAUGUAUAUAUUUUUAAAAAUCACAUUUUAACAAAACUAUACAGAGGUCCUGUGUGAAGGAACGCAGAAACUAGGCAUUUAUUAUAAUUUGUGUCCUUGUCAUGAAGUGCUCCAGUAAACCAGAGUUCUCUGUAGUUGACCUAAGUAUUAUUGUCUUAUAUUCACUAUCACUUCCUUCUCUGGUUUGUGUAAUACAUGUGACACCACUCAGCUUUUCAUUGAACAGACAGCAAACAUUCUAUUUAUAACUCAUACUCACUGAAUAACGUUUCAGACUGUUACAUCAUCACUUAUUGCUUAUUGACCUUCCUUACAUACUGAGUCCAGAUCUUUACAUAUUCAGUCAGGGAUACUGACAAAGUGCAUUUUAUUGUAAAACAAGUACUGAAGGGGAAAUGAUAAUAAAUCACUAUUUUUUCCCCUUUAAACGGUAGAUCACACAUAAAACUGGCUGGAUUUGAAUAAGUCCACAUUAAAGAUGAAAAGCUGCACUUUGUGGUCAUAUUUCUCUCCAAUUCCAUGUGAAAGAUAUUAAUAUAUCAACAUUAUUUUUGUCAACAGCCAAAUAUUUAUGCACCUGACUGUAUAUCACAUGUAAUCUGACUCAAUAAAAAACCUAUUGUUUUAGCUACUUGUAUUUUCUUUAUCUGAAGCUCUUAUAUUCAGUAUAUUUUAGAAGGACAACACAUAAAUAUACAUUACAGUUCAAUAUAAAGAAAAUCUAGCAAGAAUAUAUAAAGAGGUAUGAAGUCGCCAUAAUGACACAGCACUUCAUCUUCACAUAUAUGACUUAUUUUCAUCCACUAAACCACUGAGUAUUUUCUUAGUCAGCAUUACCUUUAAUAAAGAACCUAAAUUCUCAGCCUGUCUGACUAAAUGACCAGAAUCCUGUGAAAAAAUCCCGGCAAAAUCUAGAAUUAACCUCCAGGAAACAGAUGAAGAAAAGAGGAAGGACGUUAUGUUAGCUGGUUCUUAGAAACAAGAGACCAUUUUGCUUUCUCUCACAGUGUAUAUACACUAUAUUGCCAAAAGUAUUCGCUCACCUGCCUUGACUCGCAUAUGAACUUAAGUGACAUCCCAUUCCUAAUCCAUAGGGUUCAAUAUGACAUCGGUCCACCCUUUGCAGCUAUAACAGCUUCAACUCUUCUGGGAAGGCUGUCCACAAGGUUUAGGAGUGUGUUUAUGGGAAUUUUUGACCAUUCUUCCAGAAGUGCAUUUGUGAGGUCACACACUGAUGUUGGACGAGAAGGCCUGGCUCUCAGUCUCCGCUCUAAUUCAUCCCAAAGGUGUUCUAUCGGGUUGAGGUCAGGACUCUGUGCAGGCCAGUCAAGUUCCU